UAAUUCAAAAAAUGGAUACAAAAUCAUUUUGUGAACCUGUUACACUAAACCCUCCUCUAUUUUUGCCACUUGAUGGUGAGGGAGUCGCGGAACCGUACAAAAAUCCCUCUGAAACAGAUAGCAGCGAGCUGCCUGAUAAGCUGAGCGCCCAGGAUGAGAUCAGUAUCUCGAGUAUUAUAUCAGCGCUAUUGCGUCCGAUCGAGCCUUCCUCGGAAGAGUUCCAUCGAUGCCACUGGGAGAUAAAUCCGAAGCAGUUCUUGCAUGUUAAGCGGGCGAUCAUCUUCAAGGAGCAGCUGUACAUCUCCAAGCUGCGCAACACGAACUGCAAGCUGAGCGAGAAUAUCAAGGUAUUCUUUGAACGCGAACUGGAACAGGUGGGCAAGUUUUGUGUGAAUGUGGAGGAGGCCCUCGACGGCUAUGUGGUGCACAGCAGCAGCAAAAUGCGAAAGGGGAAGGGCUUCACCGAAUGUGGCCAUCAGCUGCAGGGGAAGUACGAUGAUAAGUUUGUGCUGAUCUGUGAGAAGCGCACGGAAUUCGAUCGAGUGGACCAUGCGAGGGUCGAGAAGUCUCUAGAGUUACGUAAUCACGAUGAUCUGCUGAUCACGGCCGUGCGAGAGACAAAAAUCAACGAAGAGAGCCAAAAGUUUAAGUCCACGAUCGACAUCAAGGAUCGUGAUCACGUCUUCGUGCUCGAUGGCGGCAUUAUGCUGCUCAUGCGCCAUCUGAUUUGCAACAACUUUGUCGGCAACUACGAGUACUACACGAUGAAUCUCUUUGGACGGGUCCUGCGCUGCAAUCUGGUGGUGCGAAAGGAGCGCAAGCUGGUCCGCAUCUUUCAUCGCACCUACAAGUUUGCUGUACACAUUAUCAACCAGCAGUGCUUCAAUGAUGAGCUGCAGGAUGUGGCUGAGACCUUUAUGACCCCGGAGGGUCACAUUAUAAUGCACUUCUGGCGCGGCUAUAACUAUCUGCUGCAUUCCGCUUGUGGGCCGAUUAAGCCCAAAGAGCCCAAAUCACCAAAGCUGGAACUAAUGUGGCGCCAAGAUCUGAAGUUGGCCAAACAAUUUAAAAACCUACGGCCACUCAGCUAUGAGAACGCAACCAAAUACUUGGCCCAGCAUCCCGAACUGGCCGAUCUAAUGCAGGACUAUGUUUUGAACCUGCUGCGUUACAAGCCCAGCAAUGUGCUUCAGUUCUCCCUCAUGUUCUUUAAUCAGAUGGCAAAGAAUUAAUUCAGCCUAAGUUAUGUUCAAAAAUUAUUAGUCAUAUCUAAAUUUUACAAAUAUAAGUAAAUGCGAUAAACUCA